AUGCAUCCACAACAACAACGACCAAACUACCAGAGUGCAGUUGAGGACAACACAGAGUGCUCAGUUGACACCGAGGCAAGUGCAGUUGCACCUACUGUCAAGAGAGAGGAACUGACAGGUGAUAAAAGCCCUGUCCAAGCAAUUCCUCCAAUCCUGGGAUGCAUCCAUGACAAAGACCACAAGGAGCCAGAGCAGAAAGUGAAGGGCCCUAGUGAAGAGGUGGAUCUCUGCCCUCACACUCACCAGCUGGACCCAGAUGUUAACUUAACUCUGGCAACCCGCAAUGAUGAACCCAGGACCUGGACCCUGGAAGAGGCAAAGGAUUAUUGGAUAGGCCUUGAAAUUGAGAGUGAAGAGAGGAGCGUCAAGGAGGAGGUGAGACAGAGGGAGGGAUUGAAGCGUGAGGCGGACUGUGCCCAUUCCAAGAGCUCCAAUGGGAUGGUUUCAUCAGAGAGAGCAGAGACCAUCCUUGGAAGAGUGGGCUUUCUGGUCAUGAACCACAUGCAGAAAAUCCCAUUUUUGAAGAUGAAGGAAAAAGAGAAAAAUAAGAAUCUGCAUAAGAAGUUGAAAGAUGACGAGAAAGAGAGAAAGGAGAAGAAAAACAAGGAGGAGGAGAACAAAAAGAGGGAGAAGAAAGAGAUGAAUGAGAGAGAGAAAGAGCAGAAGAAAGUCAUAAAGGCUGAGAAAAAGAGGGAGAAGUUGGAACAGAAAAAGAGAGAGAAGGAAAGAAAAGAGAAGGAAAAGGCAGAGAAAAAGAGGUUAGAGGGGCUGAUGAAGAUACAUAAUGACAUGAUGAAAGACAGGAUUAAGAAAGAGAAGAAGUGUUCUGAAGAGCUGAAAAAGAGAGAGAAAGCUCAAGCUGAGUUCUUGGAGAUGGAGAGAAAGAUUCAAGAAAAGGAGGAGAAGAAGAGAGAAAAGAGGAGGAAAGAGGAGAGGAAGAGACUAGAGAAGAAGAAAAGAGGGAGCCAGCUGGAGGUGGAACUGAGAGGGUGAUAGAAGAGCAGGGAAAGGAUGAAAGCUUGAAGAUGGAUGAGUAGACUGGG